AUGGUCGCGGUCGAGAGUCUCUUAGUAGCCAUUGGGCUGGUGCCGGCCCUGACUUGCGCCGCGCCAACGAUUCGUGGGCGCCAAUCCGACAGUACAUGCAGGAAAACAAAAGUAGCCAUCAUAGGCGCAGGCGUUGCGGGCAUAACAGCAGCACAAGCACUUUCGAACCAGUCCAUCUCCGACUUCCUCAUCAUCGAGUACCAGGAUCACAUUGGAGGCCGCAUGCGCAACACGCAGUUUGGCUCUGAUCCCAGCGGCAACCCGUACACCGUCGAACUGGGCGCGAAUUGGAUAUCCGGUCUAGGCGAGAACACGCCAUAUGGCCCAGAAAAUCCCGUUUGGACCUUCUCCAAGCAAGUCAAUCUCACGAGCCCAAACUCCGAUGCCUUUUCCAUUGCCACGUACAACGAAACUGGCGCCGUCGUUUACACGCAUAUCCUCGAGGAGUUUGAAGAGUACUGGAGUGUUUUCGAGAAGAAUGCUGGCACCAUACUCUCCGAGAACCUGCAGGAUAGGUCGUUCCGUGCAGGGCUUUGGCAGAGCGGAUGGCGGCCAAAGGGCGAUCCUGCUCGCAAGGCAGUCGAAUACUAUCUGUGGGACUGGGAGGCUGCUCAAACGCCUGAGGAGUCUAGCUUCGUUUACGGAAUCACGGGGUACAAUUUGACGUACUAUGGAUUCUCCGAGGUCAGCAACUUUUGCACUGAUCAACGCGGCUUCAACACUUGGCUUAAACACCAAGCGUCCAAGUUCCUCACGCCAAACGAUCCCCGUCUCCUUCUCAACACGAUAGUGACAAACAUUACCUACUCAAACACCAGCGUUCACAUUACCACCUCCGAUGGCUCCUGCAUAGAAGCCGACUACGCCAUCUCGACUGUAUCUCUCGGUGUGCUACAAAACGAUGUUAUCACGUUCGAGCCCGAACUACCAGAAUGGAAGCAAUCCGCCAUUGCCAACUUUUCAUUUGGCACAUACACGAAGCUCUUUUUCCAGUUCAACGAGACCUUCUGGCCAGACGACAAGCAGUUCUUCCUGUAUGCAGACCCCACGACGCGCGGCUACUACACCGUGUGGCAGAGUCUCUCGACCGAAGGAUAUCUGCCCGGCUCCAACAUCAUCUUUGCCACGCUCGUCGACGAGCAAUCGUACCGCGUCGAGGCGCAAGACGACGAAGCAACAAAAGCAGAAGGCAUGGCUGUCCUGCAGAAAAUGUUCCCCAACAUCACCGUUCCAGAGCCCAUAGCGUUUACCUACCCGCGCUGGACCCAAACCCCAUGGUCCUACGGCUCUUACUCCAACUGGCCCGCUGGCACCACGCUUGAAAUGCAUCAGAAUCUGCGCGCCAACGUCGGGAAACUGUACUUUGCCGGCGAGGCCAUGAGCGCAGAGUACUUUGGUUUUCUGCACGGAGCGUGGUUCGAGGGACAGGAGGUAGGACAGCGGAUUGCAGGACAGCUGACGAGCGUGUGUGUCAACAGCGAGAGCGGAUGUGGAGCGUUGAAUCGCUACGAGGUGCUGCAUGGCACGACGGAAUUCUGGGAAGUCAAUGCCUUCAAUGGCAUGGGGACAAGUCCGUUCUUUGUCGCUGAUCCUGGGGCUGAGGAAGACGCGUGA